ACUGUAAAAUCAUUAUCCCAUAAUCUUUUUAGGUUAUAUGAAAAUUAUAAAAAUAGGAAGUCCAGGGGAUUUAAAAGUGAAGUUGAAAAACCCUUCUUCUAGUAGAGAUGUUCAUUAACCAGGGGUUUUGUUUUAGGGUUCUUCAAGUGAAAAUCGAUUUUACAGAUUUUAGCACAAAAUCCGAAACCUCAAAUCGCAUACAGGUCGUACCCUAAAUCCACAGGUCAGUGAUUUCAUUAUCCUUACGAUUUCUAUCCACAAUGUUGAAUCUCGCCCGCAGAAACUUAACAUUUUCUUUGUUGAAAACAACAUCGGUUCAUAGACUGUUUCCUCGCUCAUCAUCUUCGUCACCAGCAGCAUCAGAUAGCUCGUUCAGAGUUUCUUACCUCAUAGACUCAUGCGGAUUCCCUCCAGACAAGGCAAUUUCAGCUUCCAAAUACUUAAAGUUCAAAACCCCAGAUCGAGCAGACUCCGUGAUAGCACUUCUCAAGAAUCAGGGGUUUACAGAAACCCAAAUUUCUCAAUUACUCCGAAAGAACCCUACGGCUCUCACAUGUCAUCCCGAAAAAAAUCUUUUGCCUAAAUUCGAGUUCUUAGCUUCUAUAGGACUUUCGGAAUCUGAUAUUAUUAAGUUAUUAAAUGGAAUACCCAACUUACUAGGUAAAAACUUGAAGAAUUACAUAGAACCUACCUAUAGUUCACUUAGAAAUCUGCUUCAAUGCAAGGAUAGAACACUUCGUGCAAUCAGAAAGUGUGCCUUGGUCUUGGAUGCGGAUUUUCAAGCAAAUAUGAUUCCAAAUAUGCAAAUGCUGCAUGAUGUUGGGGUGCCUGGGUCCAAAAUAUUCCAUCUAUUGAAUUACCAGCCUAGAAAUUUUUUAGCUACUACAGAGCAGUUCAAAAAGGUGGUGGAGGAAAUAGUGGAGAUGGGUUUUGAUCCUUUGAAAACAGCUUUCGUGUUAGGGAUUCAUACACUUAUGUCAAUGAGCAAGUCGACUAGGGAGAAGAAGAUGGAGAUUUAUGAGAAAUGGGGUUGGUCUAAAGCCCAGAUCUUGGUAGCCUUUAGGAGUAGUCCAGUGUGUUUGAUGAUGUCGGAGGAGAAAAUUGAUAAAGUGAUGGAGUUUCUUGUUAGCAAGAUGGGGUUUGAGACAUCACUUAUUGCAAAGAAUUCUGUUCUUGUUUCAUUGAGUAUGGAGAAAAGGAUUAUUCCGAGAUGUUUGGUUUACCAAUAUUGUUUGGACAAUGGAUUGAUGAAUGAUAAAAAUUACUGUGGUAUUGGUUGGUGGUUGAAGGGUACAGAGAAUGCAUUUAUCGAGAGAUUGAAAAGAUAUGAGCCAGAAGCUUCAAAUGCUCUCAAAUUCUAUCAGGAAAAGUUGGAUCAUGCCAAUUAAAGAUUGUAAUAUGUUCUUUGAAUUAUUUAUUCUUUUUCUUGCUAUUGGAGUUAUGGUGUGCAUAAGUUUUAAGAUGCCUCUUCUUGAAAUUGUUGGUGUAAGUUGCAACCUGUAGCUCUUAAAAGCAAGCCUCAAACAAAGCAAGGCUAUCCUCAGACAUUGAUUUUACAAUUUGUGGAGUUUUGUCUUCAAUAUAUGUAUCAAUAUCAUACAUCAUCUUCAACGAAUUUGAAAGGUGUAAAGAGGUAUUGACUUAAUUUGUUGUUGUCAACUACACAUGUUAAGGAUACUGUGUAUGCAUGAGCAAAUUAUUUAUUCUGAUGCAGGCCAGCCAAUUGCACUCUUUCUGGGUGAUAUAUAUCGGGGGAAGCUUGAUUUAGCAUCACCAAUAGCUGUGAAGUUGAUGAUUAUGAUUAUGUAUGGAUUGCAAAUGUUCAGUCAAAACUAAAAACCUAAAAAACUAAAAAACCAAAGUCUUGUUUGAUUGAUUGACGACUUAUAGCACAUAAGAAGAUAUGGCCUUAUUAUUGGAUGUCAA